UCAACUUCCCUUGUCUGCCAAGAAGCGUUUAGAGAGACAGAGAAAGAGAGAGAGAACAAAGCAAAGGAUAAAGAAGAAAACAAACAGAGUUAGAAACAGAGCAAGUUUUUCUCUGUUCUUAUUCUUUCCCUCUCUAUGUGAGCUUUUUGCUCUGUCACAAAUCUUGUUCCAGAGCUCAUUUUCAAACUUGAUUGUGAGCACUUAAGCUUGGUCUGCCUCUGGGUCUCCUUCAGUUUGUUGGCACUCUUUGUAUUCUAUAUGGGUUUUGCUUGAGAAAGCUGUAUUCGGUUGGAAAUAGAGGAGAAUCUGGCUAGAAAAUGUCUUGGAAGAGCAAAGGAGAGCUGUCUUCUAGGAGUGUAAUAUCACAAAAAUGGACCCUUUUGCUUUGUCUGGGCAGCUUCUGUGCUGGACUACUCUUCACCAACAGGAUGUGGACUGUUCCUGAACCUCAGGGUAUUGCACGGACAACGGCAAUGGAAGCUGAAAAAUUGAAAUUGGUUUCCGAGGGCUGUGAUCCAAAAGCUUUGCAUAACAAAGAAGUAAACCAUGAAUCCGAGGACGUUUUGGGGGAAGUUCAUAAGACUCAUAAUGCUAUACAGACAUUAGAUAAGACUAUUUCGAGUUUAGAGAUGGAAUUAGCUGCUGCAAGGGCAGCUCAGGAGUCUAUACGAAGUGGCGCUCCUUUGUCACAAGAUCCAAAGAAGAAUGAAUCAUCUGGGAAAAGAAAGUAUCUAAUGGUUGUAGGAAUUAAUACUGCUUUUAGCAGCAGGAAAAGAAGAGAUUCAGUUCGUGCAACGUGGAUGCCACAAGGUGAGAAGAGAAAGAAGCUGGAGGAAGAGAAGGGAAUUAUUAUCCGCUUUGUCAUUGGUCACAGUGCCACAUCAGGGGGUAUUCUGGACAGAGCCAUUGAAGCAGAGGACCAAAAACAUGGAGAUUUACUGAGGCUGGACCAUGUUGAAGGCUACCUGGAAUUGUCCGCCAAGACAAGGGAAUAUUUUUCUACUGCUGUUGCUUUGUGGGAUGCAGAUUUCUACAUCAAAGUUGAUGAUGACGUCCACGUAAAUAUAGCCACACUUGGAGAAACUCUAGUUAGACAUCGAUCAAAACCACGGGUAUAUAUUGGAUGCAUGAAAUCUGGUCCUGUCCUUAAUCAAAAAGGAGUGAGAUACCAUGAACCUGAGUAUUGGAAGUUCGGUGAGGCAGGCAAUAAAUACUUCCGUCAUGCUACAGGACAGCUCUAUGCUAUUUCAAAAGAUCUGGCGACGUAUAUAUCAAUAAAUCGGCAUGUCCUACACAAGUAUGCUAACGAAGAUGUCUCACUGGGAUCAUGGUUUAUUGGCCUUGAUGUGGAGCAUAUUGAUGAUCGGAGAUUAUGUUGUGGCACUCCACCUGAUUGCGAGUGGAAGGCCCAGGCAGGCAACGUCUGUGUAGCUUCAUUCGAUUGGAGCUGCAGUGGUAUUUGCAGGUCUGCUGAUAGGAUUAAGGAGGUCCAUCGGCGCUGCGGGGAAGGUGAAAAUGCUUUGUGGAGUGCUUCUUUCAGAGAGGCAGCUUAGAGUUCUUCCAAACUCAGGAGGAUGAUAAGCUAGAGUAAUGAUGCAACCAUAAUUUUUUUUUUCCUGUAUUUUUGUGAGUAUAGAGAAUAUGUCAUUUUACACGAAGAGAUAGAGAGAGGGAGAGAGAGAGAGAGAGAGAGAGAGAGAAAGAGUAGAGGGGCUUUGCUACAUGGACAUUCUGCAUUUUAAGAGAGGAGUUUGACCAUGGUAGCAGCCAGAAAAGGAAGCGAGAGAGAGUCUCCACCCAUUCUUUGAUGCUUGGAGGGCCAGUUUGUAAGUUAACAUUUCCAUGGCUAUCAAGCUCCUAAUAAAUAUACAUCUUUGGUGGCUUUUGCUGCCUUUCCUUUAAUACAAUCUCUCAUUUUCUGUUUUCCAAGCAUGAAUUUGAAGAAAGUA